ACACGCAGACAAAGGCUUUGUGGACAUUGACCCGUAGAGAAUUUCAACCGUACGCUGCUGUAUAUAUAGCUGUCUCCUGCACGGUGUAGAACGCAGUUUUGUUUUCUCCAAGUUCCUUUAACUGGUUACUUACACCUGCAUCUUGUCGGAACACCGUGAUAAAUGUCUCUAUCAGAAUUCUCCGACAUGAUCCUACAUGUUAUGCCUGAGCAAGAGGAGCCGCCUCCACCUUACAGCCUUUACCCACCUCGGGUAGAGCCACAUUCAAAGCUUGAUUUUCGCAAUCCUGUCCUUGAGCACUUGCUUCUGUCAAUAUGUUCAGACAUGGCCGUCAUUGCCGUAGUGAUGACUACCAUUUUCCUCGCGUAUGCAGUUAACCCCGACUUGUUCGGCCCUGGGACCCAUUUCGGCCUUCAGCUGGUUCUGCUGAUGUUCUUGAUGCGCAAAGGUAUUGCGGCGUUUGAAUUGAUCCAUAAAAUGUUCACCGCUAAAUUAGCCCUGUGACUGCACUACUUGCCUGCGAGAGCACGGGUAGUUUAUGUUGCUCCGUUGUAUGUUGUCUAUGCAUGAGCUUUUUUUUUGUCUAAUACAUGUUCGCCUCCCUU